AUGGCUGCCACCCAGAGCAUGCCGUACACGGCCGUGUUCGACCGCAACAACUACACCCAAGACUUUUCGCAGAAUCCUCACAUCCAGAGCAUGAAGAAUCCCGAUGCGCCGCUCUACCACCCCACCACAAACCAGCGCCAUAACCUCCCGCCACUCCACGUCUCCUACAUGCCAGAGCGCAACCACAUCAACGUCAUCGAUCGUCAGCAAGCUCGCUCGCGACAGCUGCGCUCGCCAAAGAGUCCCAUGUACGUUCCGGCUGUGCUGCGUCCGACCGAGAAGCCGCAGCGUCAGUCUCCGCCAAAAGGUGUCGACUCAGCUGCUGGGACUUGGGAUGGGAACAAUGGCGAUGAGCCCGUCAACUGUCUCCAGAAUGGCAUUACACGCGUCGAGACUGAGGAUCUCAGCGAUGACGGCCCGCAGAGCGCGACUGGAAGUCCCUCAACCAACCACUGGAAGCCUGACCACACCGCCACCUCGUGCACUGCAUCCUCUUGCCAGCGCGACUUUGGCUUCUUCGUCCGCCGCCACCACUGUCGCCGCUGUGGAAACAUCUACUGCUGGGAACACAUCAAGAACCAGGCUCCCCUCAACCAGUACGCCCUCAUUCACAGCUCUGGCCAACAGUCCAAGGUCUGCGACCGCUGCUACUCCAUCUACAAGCAGUGGAAGGCUCGACGCUUGAGCCGCACCGACUCCGACAGCUCUACCCAGUCCAGCCCCGCGCUCACCAUCGCCCAGCCUCAGCCAUCUGCCGCCUCUACCACCGCUACCAACAACAUCAACGUCGGAAGCAUUCCUGGCAGCGUCGGCGGCUACAACUGGAGCACCUUCUAA